CCUCUGCGCUGUCAUCCUCCACUCCACCACACAUGACACAGUCUGCGUUCUCUGCGUGUUCUUCAGCGUGCUCUUCCGAGGUGGACGCCCAGGAUCUGGCAGAGAUGGAAGGUUCCAUCGUGGAGAGCAAAAGCAGCUUCUACCACAUCCUCAAGCUUCUGGACCGAGGAACCAGCAGUCACGUCUUCAAGUGCAAAAACCUGAACACCGCCAAGGACGUGGCUCUCAAGAUCCACAAGAACUACGCGCUGUUUGAAAACGAGAUCGAGAUGCAAGAGAUUGUGAGCGUGCUGGACCCGGACAAGAAGAGCAUCGUGGAGUUCAUCGAGACCUUCACUUUCAACCGACACCCGUGCCUGGUCUUUGAGCUUCUGGACACCAACUUGUUCAGCAUGGUGCUGGAUAAGAAAUGGAGGACCUUCUCGCCAAACGACAUCCGACCCGUGGCCCAACAGCUUCUGACAGCUUUUGAUGCCCUCAAGACUAUCGGGGUGAUCCACACGGACCUCAAGUCAGAUAACAUCAUGCUGGUCAACCACAGCGCCAUGCCCUUCCGGGUCAAGCUGAUUGACUUUGGACUCUCCAUCUGCACGGUGGACGCGCCCCUCAGUUACGGCUUGGCCCUGCAGCCCAUGGGCAACAGGGCGCCGGAAGUGGCCCUGGGUCUGCCCUUCUCCGAGGCCAUCGACAUGUGGUCCCUGGGCUGCGUGCUGUCCUUCUUGUACCUGGGCAACUACCUCUUUUUGGCCAACUCCAACUACAACAUGCUGCGGAGCAUGAUCGAGGUGGUGGGUCGCAUUCCCGAUCAACUGCUGACUGCCGGCAAAAACACUCACAAGUACUUCAAGAGGAGCGACCGAGACCACGACGGCGAUCAUCCCAAAUGGCGGCUCAUGACCGAGAGGGAGUAUCAGGACAAAACUGGAGUUCGUCCCGAGUCUCUGCCGUGGUCCUUCAAGUGUUUGGAUGACCUGCUCAAGCUCAAGCCGGAGGUGAGCGAGCCGCUGGAGUUGGAGGAUCGGAAGGCCUUUGUAGACCUCCUCAAGUGUCUUCUCCAGAUGGACCCCGAGCGCAGGAUCACCCCCGAGGAGGCGCUCGGGCACCCCUUUCUCACUAUGAGCCACCUGAGCCAGCACCAGGCCAGCAGCUCCUACGUGACUGACAGCUUUGAAAAGAUGAAGUUCUGUCCAACGAGUACCUUGGAGAAAGAAGAGCCGGAGUGUCGCUCCGUGUCGGGUCAGCCGCUCAAGUCCAGGAACUGGCGUCAAAGGUUUUGCGGUUUCCUCGGCACCAAAAGGACGGACGCUCCCGACGGCCCGCCGAGCUGCGCUUCUGCGGCUGACGAGAGGCCUCCCGAUCGGUCCCGUGGAGAGGAUGUCACGUCAAAGAGCUGGUGGCGCAAAUUGCUUCGGCUCUUCAGGACAGACGAUGGCGGCUGCGGCGGCGAGCCCGAGCCGCUUCCUCCGAGCAGACUUCAAAGUCGACCCGGCGGCGCUCCAAAGGUCUCUUCUGAGAAGGCCCGGUGGUAUCAAAACUGCCUCUUCUUCCCAAUGAAUCGGAUCGUUCCGGAACCGCGCCGCCUUCCUCUCCGCCGAGGCGAGCCCCCCGUACAGGUCCAGACCUGCCGGGACCAGGACCUCCUCCAACCCGGACCUGAAAAGUUGACGCAAAGCCAGCACGCUCGAGCGGAUGACGACAGCUCGCUGCGACUCAACAAAUCCAGCCAAAUCGACAACGCACCGCGACUCGGCGAGUCGUCGCCGGGAGCCGACGAGAAUCCGUCGUCGCGUGUUCGCAAAGACCCGUCGGCGCCAGUCAACUGUGACCAAAGAUGUCGAGUUAACCGUGACAAGUCGUCAGGAGUUCAGCGGUCGUCCCGACUUAAGGACGGGUCGGCGCAAGUUACCGAGACCACGGGAGUUGCCACGCCCACGCGAGGCAACAAGUCACGAGUUCAACACGCCAUCGCCGCCGCCGCCACCAACAAGCCGAUCCGAGCUAAAAACGAUAAGUGGUCACGCAAGUUGAUGCACGUCAAACACAAUGAGUCGUCGCCGGUGAACAAGUUGCCGGUUAAAAAGCACGGCGCGUCACGAGCCCACAAGCCGCCGGUCAAAACCGAGCAGUCGUCGCGAGUUUACAAGUUGCGAGUGCAAACGGACCAGACGGCGCCGCUCAACAAGUGGCGAGUGAAAAACGAGCAGUCGUACCGAGCUAACAGGUUGCGAGUCAACGCCGACAAGUCGUCACCCGCCUACACGUGAUAAGAGGACGGUGGCCUGAGCCGCGCCGGGGAGACGUGACCUUUGACCUCUCCCGCAACUGUCUGCCACACAAGAUGCUUUCCCAGAUGGACUGGAUUUGUAGCGCUGCAGCCGUCACCCGCCCGGCGCUUCCCCGGAGAGCGUCCGACAACGAGCCACACAAGUGACACGGCGCUGUCGGUCGGCCCUGCGCCGGGUGGCUGCCGAGCCAAAAGAAUAGGCCCGUUUGAAAAACGGAUGCCCGUAGAGGAUUGACGCCAGCAAACGGAAGGAAAUGGAGUGACGCCAGGCGAUGAGACGGGCUAGCUCAUCGGGAAGCGUGCCGCGCCACGCCGUGAGCAAAGUGUGACAACAGCAGGCUUUGAGUUCAGACUUUAGUGCUUGUGCACAAAACCCUUUUUGUCAAAUGCUGCCUGCGUGGCUGCCUGCGUGGCUGCCUGCGUGGCUGCCUGCGUGGCUGCCUGCGUGGCUGCCUGCGUG